CAACCAUUCUAUCUGACACUAUCCAGGUCAGUUCACAGGGAGCCCAAAAUGGUCAAACCUCAUACACUCGCCAUAGGGGCAUUCGCACUUUUUGGCAGUGUCAAAGCCGUUACUGUCGGCUCAACCAAGCAUGACCCAAAGCCCGGCCCAGCAUGUCUCUCUCCAAAAGCCGUCCAGAGCGCAAGCUUGUAUACCGGAUUGGAGGAAGGAACAACGGGAAUUCGACCAGGCUUGUCAAAAUCGGACACAAAUCCGAGCAACUUUAUCAACUUCUGCGUUGGUCAAACUCUCACCAAUGGCCGUCAGAAUUCGGCUGGAUCCUGCAAUGGCAUACCCAUGGGGAAGAUACCGGCCUCGUCCAACAUGAUCACGUCCAUCAUCACCCAUCCGCAACCGGGUGACAUUAUCCCUGCGCAAAAGACGUUCAAUGUCACGAUCCAAACCCGCCAUUUGAGGGCUGGAUUUCUCGUGAAUCCCAGCGUUGCAUAUUACACUGCCCCUCAAGACCUCGAUGAGAAUGGCGAUAUCAUUGGGCACUGUCACAUCACCAUUCAGAACAUUGGAAGUCUCCGUUCUGUUAACCCUCCCGACCCGACCAAAUUUGCCUACUUUAAAGGUGUGGAUGAUGAAGGCGAUGGGAAGGGCGGUUUGCAGGCUGAGGUAACGGGUGGUUUGCUGGAGGGCGUGUACCGCGUAUGCACAAUCAUAUCUGCUAGGAACCAUCAGCCAGUGGUCAUGCCUAUUGCGCAGCGGGGAUCGCAGGAUGACUGCACCAAGUUUGUUGUUCAGAAGGCCGAAUAGGCUAGACGAAACGAAUGGGAGAGGGAUCUGGUACCUUCUCAACCUGGGAACCUACUAGACAGACACGUCGCGGAAACAUAAUAGACACUAUCACUUUGAGAUGAGGGCCUUUGAAGAUCACCAGCAAGCCUUGAAAGAUAGUUGAUACGCAUUGGAAGAUACUUGAUACAUCGAUAAAGAAAGUCAAAAGGUCUUUAAAAGUACUUUA